UGUGUAUGUGUGUGCGUGUGUGAGAGAGUUGCGUGCGAAGAGCUGACAUGUCAUUGAGAAGAAUCUUCACCUGUAAGCGAGGAAGUCAAGACUUUAAAGCUUCACAACAUUUGAAUGAAGCACAGAAGAGAUUUUAUUCCCUGACUCUACUUCCGCUUGGAUUGAGGAUUGUGUGAGUGGAUUUUGUCUCUUUUGUUUUCUUUUUUCCUUUUUUUUUUCUUUCAUGUGAGAUCACUGCAAAAUUAUACUGGACCUCACUGGCAACCUCGCAGAAAGCUGCGCACCUGUUACCUGCACGGAGCGCAAAACGAUGAUCCCGCCAGGUGACUGCAUGUACGCGGGCAGAAAGAGGAGGAAGCCCAUCCAAAAACAGAAACCGUCGUCUGCUAAUGAGAAAACAAAUCCGUCCAAACGACAUCGAGAUCGUUUGAACGCUGAGUUGGAUCGACUGGGGAGUUUGUUGCCUUUUUCUGCUGAUGUCAUUUCCAAACUGGACAAACUUUCUGUGCUCAGACUUGCAGUUUCUUACCUCAGAGUUAAAAGCUUCUUUCAAGCAAACCCGGAUAAGACGUCCGGUAAGCAAACCAUGAACCCAGCAUCAGAAGUUAGGAAAGAAAACAACAACAUGGAUGCUGCUGUCAAUGAAAGUUCGCUUCUCUUGGAGUCUCUGACAGGAUUCGCGUUGGUGGUGAGCAGUGAUGGGAUGAUGUUUUAUGCUUCAUCAACUAUUGUGGACUAUCUAGGAUUCCAUCAGACGGAUGUGAUGCACCAGAACGUGUUUGACUACAUUCACAUUGACGACCGCCAGGAGUUUAGAAGCCAGCUGCACUGGGCCAUGUGUCCUCCACAGCACCAGGGGGCAGCAGCGCAUCAGGACAGCCAGCUCACUGUAGGCACUGGUGAGGACUUUGCGGCGAGCAGUUUGUUCAACUCUCCAGAGGCGGGCGGCGUUCCUGCAGAGCUGUCUUGCUUCCUCAACAGAUGUUUCAUAGCGAGGGUCCGAUGUCUCUUGGACAGCACAUCUGGAUUCUUGACGAUGCAGUUUCAAGGUCGGCUGAAGUUUCUGCACGGACAGAAAAAGAAGUCAGCGUCCGGUGCGCCGCUUCCUCCUCAGCUGGCUCUAUUCUGCAUCGCUGUGCCUCUCCUGCUGCCCUCCAUCACCGAAAUGAAGAUGAAGAACAUGCUAAUGCGCGGGAAAAACAAAGGAGGCAUGGUCACCACACUGGAGCAUGGAGAAAGAGGAGAACACCUCCGUAGGCACUCUUUCAGUGGGGGAAUGGACGAUGUAGCAGACCCUCUUCUCCUGUCUUGUCCGACUCCUGGGGGUACACAGAGGGGUCACCACACGCCCUGGACCCCGCUCACCAAAGACAACCUCAAGUUCCGUCCUGAUGUCUACUAUAACCAAGAAGAACCUCUCAAUUUCUGCAAGUCGUCCAUGUCGUCCCAUAAGGGCCUCAGUCCAGGCCUGGGGAACGGUUGGCCUUUGCGUCCCAGCUCUGGGCUCCUCAGGGGUGGUCAGGGCAUCGGCUACACCCCAGCUAACCGCCUAAACAAGGCUGGCCUAUAUGGGAAGCAGUACCGCCUUUCUCCCAGCUGCCACAGCAGCAGGAAUGGCGAGGUGUUUGUGUCUAAGCUCUACGGGAACCUCCAGAUCCCGGCAGAACCGGACCCCUACUGCGUAGAUUUAGUGAAGAGCGAGAGCGGCUAUGGCGAAUGCUACGACGGCCACCUUAUGCCCGAGAUGCCAGCCAUUAAAGUAGAGCACGACUCGGACUCGGAGAAUGGCUGCGACCCUUACGGGCGACCAUGGGCAAACCGGGAUCCGGACUCAAUGGACCGUCGCUACGGUAACGGGAUAUAUGACCAGAGCUCUGGCGUCCAUCUGAAAUCAGAGGCGGAUUAUUACGACCUGCAGUACUCGCCCUGUCAUCGCGGCAAAGCAGCGAUCAGCCCACCGUACAACAGCGGAAACUUCCAGAACUACGCGGUUAACAACAGCGGACGCUUGCUGAAAUGCGACAAAGAUUUGAGCAACAACGACAACGACCAAUUCAGCCCUCAGAGACUUUCUCACACUCAAUGCAGUAAUCAAACAAUCAACCUCAUCGACUCUCACGUCUACCAGCAAGAGCCUCAAAAGGCUUACAUGCACCAGGACUUUAAUAAGCACUACGAGUUCAAAGGCCAUGGGCUGAUCCAUUCCAUCAAACGAGAGCCCAUGGACUCCCCGCCGUGGUCCGAGGGCGGCCACAACAUCAACAAGGCCAUGACAAUUGGUCCGAGGAACGUUAUGCCGUGUGUAAAAUCAAACCCUUACGUUUAUUUGCCCUAAACGUCUUUGAAGUGGUGCACUUCCUGCCCCGUCAUCAAGCACACCCAACAUGAAAAGUAAAAGUACGAACAUUCUUUUUGGAUGACAGAACAGGCUCAGGUUCUUGUGUUUGUGUUUGACAAUCAAGUGUUAGCUUUUCUCGUCGCUUUGGAUUAGUGGACACGAGAGACACCGUUUAUUUCCUGUCAUGUGUUGGACAUUUUAACGUUCUUCACCAAUCUAAAACUUGCUAUGCAGGUUGAAAAAAAUAUGAAGAUCUACUGGACUUCACUGGAGGGUUUUUGUUUCUCAGCACUUUAACUACCACAUUUUAAUACUAAAUGAUAACAAUACUGAUGCAUCGUGACAAUGUUACCUGCUGGAUGACCGCUGGAACUACACUCAGUGGAUCCUCAGAGGUUUUACACAAUCAAUCAAUCAAUCAAUCAAUCAAUCAAUCAAUCAAUCAAUCAAUCAAUCAAUCAAUCAAUCAAUCAAUCAAUCAAUCCCUCAGUUCGUCCAUCCAUCCAUGUGUCUACUGUAUAUCUACUAUAUAGUUAUAAUGUACAAACAUGAUUUUGCAAUGGAAAUGAUGGAAAUAAAAAUGCAACCUUGUGAUACAGUAUUAGUGAGGUCUAAAGUUGUAAUAAUGACGUAAAUGUAAUUACAGUAGAACCCGUUCAAGUUGACACAAGCGUUUGUCGACAUAACAGAAAAUAGCUUUAAUCAAGUUUAUGUCGAGUUUAGCCACCAGUGCUUUUGUAAGCUAAAAAUCUAAAUAAAACAUUGCAAUGUUUGUAUUUUUUAGUUGCUGUGUUAGAAUCAGGUUAAUACUGCCGUGCUUUUUUUUUAAGCUUAGUUUGCACUGAACAGGAAGUGAGUGUGUGCAUGUUUCAAAGGGGACCGAUUAUGAUUUUUUUUUUUUUUUACAUUCAAAACACUUCCUUGUGGUCUACUCUACAUAACAUGUAAUGGUGGUUCUUUGGUCGAUAUAUUGCAUAGAUUUUGUUUUACAGACCAUCUUCAAGCCACUUUCUGACUGUCUCUUCAGGACGUUUUGUAAGCAGUCUUAUUUACGUGCCUUCACUUCAACUGCGUCAACUCCCUGUUAACCAUGUAGUAGUUUUUAGACCUUCCAUAGGUAGUCUAGUGACAGAUAUAAUUUAGAACAAUACGCUGCUUUGAAUUAGAAAUGGCAACAGCGAAGGAUGCAUGUGCAUACAAAACUCUGUUUUCAAUGGAUACUGGGCGCCAUUUAGCCUUUCUCAAAGAAGCAAUGCCCUAAGCUUGUGUUGUUUUUGUGUAAGAACCGUUCGAAUCGCAAGAAAGAUAAAUGUUCUUCGAGAGGUAAUUAGAAAGGGAGGAAGAGUGCAAGAUUUGACGAAACGACGAGAAAAGCAGCACACACUCCAGUCCAAGGGAGCACAGUCUAAGAAUCCACAAGUUUACAGUGAUCAAAAUGUUAAAGGUUUGUUUCUACUUUUAACAGUUACUAUUUACCAUUUAAGUAUCAUCUUGAUGUUCUUUGUUUUUCUUAAGCACAUGUUUGCUACGAGUGUUUCAAAAAGCAUCAACUCUGCGAGUCUAAAUAAAAGAAAGCAAAUGUCAGCAAAACCUACACACGUUUUUACCAAAGGCAACAAUCAUAAAUGAAGCUUUCCGCACAUACACGAUGUUGACAUCAAUAGUUAUAUUUUGAUAAAGAUGACGAAAAACACGCUACCCGUUAACGGCGUGACGCAAAGUUAAAUCAUUAGAUGCAACCUUACCAGAGCAAAAACGAUGCAUAUUUAUCGGAGUCUUGAUACCAAUUUCCUUGACCCAGCCACAAACAAAGAAGUUGUAGACCUCCAUGCUGUUCCAAGUUUCCAUCUGUUUUGUCGAGAGAACAAUACUUUGAUAUGUCUGAGAGCACGACCAAAGUAUAAUCCUUGAUAUCACUCGACAAAUCUUUUUUUUGAUAAAAGUAUAGGGAUCUAUUCCAUUGUAUUGUUUGUUUUUUUGCUCAAAUCUGCUUUUUGCAGGAAGAUUCAAGCCUCUUUUGUACCCAGAUAUUUCCGCGCUGCUAGCUGUACAACUGCCAUCUUGGCUUGGUUGACCACCACUGGUUUUCACUUCCGAAUACAAGCAAUUGACUACGGUGUCAGACUACAAUGCCGUAUUGGCGCAAAAAUCUUCGGGUAAACCUCUACCAUAUAAUGGAGAUAUCCGCUGACGUCACAGGGCAGAAGAUGUCAAAGGACAGAUCCAAUUUCAAUUUGUUUGUAGAAAGCAUAAAGGAAUGCAAUACUAUUUUAUAAACAUCUCCGCAAUGCCUCCAUGAUUUGAUUUUGAAUUUAUGGGACUUAUGUGGAUCCCAAAUACACAAAAUAAGGUACCAUCCGGUAAGAAAAGUUGUUUUUUAAUAAUAGAUAUACCCUUUAAUUUGGUGUCAUUAGACUGUAAUAAUGUUGCUGCUUAGUGAUAAUGAUGAAGUUAAUAAUACAACACACGUCAACAUUAACAGAACAUUUUUUAUAGAACCGCGUCGAAGUUGACUUUAAUGGACACUUUUUUAAGUAUUAGAUGUAAGAAGAACUUGUGGACUAGGACUUGAUGAGUUAACCAACUUUGACAGAUUGUCGACAUAAACUGUCCUAUAUUUUGUACAUAUUAUCCCUCAAAUUUAAUGUCGACAAAAGCGGUCGAUAGUGUAUGUUAAGUCAACUUAAGAGGACACUACACAGACCCAAUGAGUUGGUUGUCGAGUUAAACGGGUUCUACUUAGCAUGUAGCUUACCAGUAGCAUAAUGGCUUGUGUUUGGCUGCAGAAGCUUGUCAACAAAGUGUUUCCUCUCAGCCAUCUUCAAAUGGUAAGUUUUAUCUAAUUUUGGUGCUCAACUUAUAUCUAUACAGUAAAAUGCAUAUUGAUGAAAUGUUAUCAUUCAUGUUUCCACUCGUCCUAUGUGUAUAUGCCUUUUCAAAUAAGAACAACUCAAAACUCAACCAGCAUUUCAGAAUGGAUUGUGUUCUACCUCAGAGGUUCUACUGUGCAAAAAACUUGAUAGCAUAAUAGAAAAGGGAUUCAUAUGACCCCAUUCGUUGCAGUUUACCUGACACAUGAAACAUGCUGAUUUUGGGGGGGGGGGGGGGGCACUUUCCACUUUAGUUGGCAGUAAUGUUGAAUAUCUUAAAAUAUGUUUUGUGGCAAUUCCAACUUUGACCACAGCGUUUGUUGCUAUGUAGGGUGGUGCUUUCUGUCAUUUUCAGCAGACUGCAUUUCCAAAUUAUUAACCCCCCGUCUUCCUUUCACACAAGAUUCACCCAGGAAUGGGGCCAUAUGAAACCCUUCCCUAGCACAUUUCUACAAUUUUCAGUUAAAUGACAAAAAUAUGUCAAGUUAUGAGUAUUUUUCAUGACAAAAGUUACAUGUAUUUUUCAAUCCAUAUAAAUCAAAACAGCUAGUUUUUUCAUCGAGUGACAGCAUGGGAGCACACAGGAAAAUUACAAAACUGUAUUCAAUGUCCUUAUAAGCUGAUUGGUUAUAUUAGAAAUAAACAUAUCAAACUGGAUUACAUUUUUUUAUGAUAUGUUAUAAUUAACAACAUUGACACAAUGACUGCUAAGAGUAUCUAAGCAGGGAUGUCCAAAGUUUGAUCUUAAAGCCAUUUACAGCUCACAACUCAUUUUCUAUUGUCUCACGACACAAUGUAAAAAUAUACAACUGCUAAAAAAAAUGGGGAAAAAGAGCCAAAAGGAGUACAUUUACAUAAGAAGAAAAAGUAGAAAUAUAC